AUGGAAAUAUCACCACCAAUAACCAAUAGUGAUGAUAGGGCAAACGAGUUUGACGAUUUGGUUAAUUUACAACAAAAACAACCAUUUAAAAGAAGGAAUAGUAUCAGCGACAGCGAUAUGGACAAUGCAACAACAGUUGUGAAAGAAGAUGAAAUUAAUAAAGAGCAGGAUAAAGGCCACGAGCUAAAAAAAUUAAAGACAUCUGAAGAUAAUGAAACAAAUAGCAGUGCUUUCAGUCCUGUACAAAUAUUUCAAAAUAAUAUUGAAUACAAGAAAAGGGUAGAAGAGUUAGAAAAAAGAGUUAUAGAUCUAGAAAAACAAUUAAAAAAUAGUAAGACUUGUUUUAAAGGUGAAAUCGAACCAAUAUUUUCAAUAAAUUUAAAUUGUAUAGAAGAAUCGAAAAUUGAAUAUUUAGAAAAUUUUUUAUUAAAUUUUUUUAAGAGUGACUUUUGCAGAAGACCAUAUGAAUCAUCACAAGAAAAUGGAGAAAUUGAAAGAGAAUAUAGACCACAUAUUGUUAAUUAUUACUAUGAUGGAUUUGUUUUAGAUAGAGCAGGUAAUGAUAGAUUUAGUGAUAUGGCUUCAUCGAUUCCCUAUAAUUUUACAAAAAUACCCAAUUACUUUAUUGAUAAAGGUGAUAUACGAUCCAAUAAAUGCCUAGAGGUAGAGGAGGAAAAAAAACCAUCAUUUUCUGGUUAUUGUUUUAAUUGUCUUCAACAAGGACAUCCAGUUUAUCAAUGCCCAUAUACUUAUAAUCAUAAAAUGGUUCAAAAAAAUAAAAAAGAAUUUAACGAGCUAAAGGCUCUUCAAAAUGGCAGAUAUUUUGAAACACUUGAAGGAAAUAAUAAUAAUAACAAUAAUAAUAGCAGUAGCGAUGUAAAUAAUAAUAAUGAAACAACUACUUCAACUUCUAUAAUUAAAGAAAAAAUAGAAUCAACAGAGGAAGUAAAUACAAGUUUAAAUGAAUCAUUGGAAAAGGAUGAAUCAAUACAAAAAACAGUCAAUAAGAAGGCAAUAUUUGUUCAAAAUACUAGUAGUACACCAAAUAAGGAUAUUGAAGAAAAUGAAAAAUUCAAAGAGAAUAAUGAUUAUAUCGAAUUUCCAAAAGAUUUGUUCCACCAGCCUGAAAAUAUAGAAUCUGAAGAGUCAUAUUAUAAAACCUACGACAAAGAUUUCUUUAAGAAUUUUAUAAAUAAUAAAUCAAAUGAAAAUGAUAGUUUUAAUAAUAAUACCAAUAGUAAUUAUAAUAAUAAUAACAACAAUAAUAAUCUUAUAAAUAACAAACCAACCGAAAAAGAUGGUUAUAAUAAUAAUUAUAAUAACAAUAUGAUCUAUAAUCAAAACUACAACUAUCACUAUAGUAAUUAUAAUAAUCAAUAUAGAUACAAUGGUAGUUAUAAUUAUAACUAUAACUAUAACUAUAACCAACAACAGCAUUUCCAACCUCCACCCCCACCUCCAGGUUAUCAUCAACAACAACAUCAACAUUUUAAUGAAGAAAGAUUUAGAAAUAAUGAUAGAUAUAGAGAUUUUUAUAAUGACAAUUCAUUAGAACCACCUGGAACACAAAGAUUUAAUAAAGUAGUAGCCCCACCGGCCCCACCAAAAAAUACAGCAUUUUCAAAUAAUAUUAUACCUCCUCCACCCCCACCAAAAAAUAAUGAUAACAAUAGUUUAAAUGUAGCUCCCCCACCCCCACCAAAGAAUAUUUCAAUUUCAAAAUCUGAUAAUAUUAACAAUAAUAAUAUAGAAGAGGUUUCAGAUAUGGAUAUCGAAGAUGGAGAGUGUUAA